AUGGUGAGCUUUAUAGAGGAUACUGAAUGGUUCAAUUCUACAUUGGUGUUAAGUAAAGUGGACUGGCGAUUCUAUUAUUCUAAAACUAAGAUCGAUUUAUCAACGUUUGUGCAAACGCUGAUAAAGAUUUUAAGCUCAACAGCAGAGAUACAAUAUAGAAUUGAAGGAACGUUUGUUCAACUCAGAGGAAUUCCACAUGAUACGCGAAAAAGCUUGUGGUAUUUGUUUAUUUACGGAGGUGAUAUUGUUGUAUCAUCGGUUGCAAGCAUUAUUGAUGGAGAUGGAGGGAAAGUAUGGGAAAAGCUGCAUGUGUAUCCAUUUAAAGUUGACUUCAGCUCGCAGUAUAUGCUUCUUAUAAUGGAUUCUUUUGCAAAGGAUUUUUCUGGAAUUGUGCAAAUUUCAUUUGAGGUCGCAUCUCAAACAUCAUAUUUGGAUAUGUUUGAAGUUGAAGUAAAUAUUGCAGAUUUGAGGAAGCGCAAUUCCAAGGAACCAUUCAGCGUAGAAUUGUUUGGUGAACUUCGUAAGAAUCUUGGUUUAAACCGAAGUUUGGAUAUCAAAUCUAUUAGAGUGCCGGGGGAGCUGUUUAUGACCAGUAACUACAUUCGAUUUACGAAUAUUUGUUCUAAAUAUGGUAGCUCAAAUGUCACCCCCUUAAUACGUAAACUAAUGUGUUAG